CAAAACAACCGGCGCGAGAUCAAGAAGAAAGAAUAGCCAAGUGCAAGCUUUUAGCGGCCCCGCUAAAACCCUAGAAGAAGCGUUGCCAGCUCGACUAGCGGAGCCGAGCCACAGCCUGAUCUGCGUAUAGCCGCCUCAUGGAGCCCCUCGCCACCGGCAAGCGGCGACGGCCAGCGUCAGCAUCGUUGUCACCGCCCCCUCCGCCGCGUCAACCCACGCGCGACGAUGAGAACAGAGCGAGAAGCUGGAAGAAGCGGCGGCUGGAGCCAGCGACUGACGAGACAGAAGAGAAACGUCCGGAACUGCGCAGUCCCGAGCCUGAGGACAAGAAGCCCACGCCGAAGGGAAAGCGACGGCGAAGUCUUUCGCCUGAGGAGAUACAGGAGACGAGUAACAGCAGUAGCAGGGACGAGAAGGAGACCAAGCGACGGCGUGUAGGGGAGGAUGGUAGUACAACGUCACCCCCUCCCGUUCUACCGGCCUCACCGCCGGCCAAUCUCAGUGACAGACACUCACAGACUUCAGCAGAACAGGAAAACAGACCAGAGGAGAAGGCGAGGUUCCCUCCCUCUCCAAUCGUCAUCCCUCAACUAGAGGACGACAUCUCCAACAGAGAGAACGUCGCCACGUACACCAACUUGGAGGAUUUCGUUGUCAGCUCACAAGGCAGUGACGUCGAUCUCGUCGCAGCAUGUGCCAAUCUAGAUAACGACGUCGUGAGCUGCAGUCAGGACUCACAGAAUAGUGAUAUCGAGCGGGUACGGCAACGUACCUCUCUGCGGACAGUGCAGGUUACUCCGCCCCCUUCGGCCCGAAUGCUAGACAGGAAGAACCCUCCGCCUCCACCGAAGAGGCCGCGUCGCAAUUAUCACCGUGGUAUCGUGUAUGCGCGAGCUUAUCCGCGACUAGCGCUGUCUCCGCUUGUUGACAACUCUCCACCCAGCUCUCCACGCGUCUUCCGGUCACUCGAGAAUGAAUUCGCCUUCGCCAUGCAGGAUACGCCGGAGAUCCGGCCUCGUGUUCGCCCAGCGCCGAGAAUGGCGCGAGGCACACGACGAUCUACACGAGCAGGAAGCGCUCGAGCACGACGAUCGCUAGACACGCCCACCUCGACGAUGGUAUUGAGGUCACGACAGCUCAAUCCGAGCCUGAGUGCCAACGGCGGCAAGCCGGAGAACCAGCGCGAGCGGGAGCAGCGUGAUGCUCAACGCCGGCACGAGUGAGGAGGGGGAGUGGGGCUGAUAUGAGUGGCUCGACCGCAUGGCCGGCCCAUGGGUGCCUUCGUCGUGACGUCCGACCAAGGCUGAUUUGAAGUAGUUUUUAUUGUUAGUUUUAGUUUUUAUUGCGAGGAAUUAGGUGCCGAGAUAGCAAUUUAGACACUUGUAGUUUUAAGAUGUGAAAGCACUAAUUCCACUGUUUUAUGCCAUGGUGCACAUAUUUUAUCAUUAAAACUGCAGGCUUUUGGCUAUCCAGCUCGUCCACCAAGCGAUUG